ACCACCACCUGACGACUCCUCACGACCCGCUCACGACCUCACGACCUCACGACCUGCCGCGCCACGCCCGUCUCCUGCUUCUCUCUCCCGUCUCCAGCCUCCUGCCUCUCUGCGCCUGUCUCCUUCACGCGCCGCCGCCAUGGCGCCUGCGCCGCUGCCGUCGCUGACCGGCGCCCUCUCGCCGAGCGAGGUGCUCACGUCGCCCACGUCGCCUGCCUCACCCACGGCCGGCGCGCCCGCAGCCGCGUCCGGCACGCUGCCGGCCUUCCAUGCGCUGCUGCAGCACGCCGCGCUCUCGCCGCCGCCGCACGACGCCGCUGUGCGCCCGGCGCUGCCGCGCAUGCAGACGCCCGCCGCGCUCCACGGGCCCAACGCCGCCCUCGUCGAGCGUGAGGUGGAGCGGCUGCGCGAGCGCGGCGCCAAGCGUCUCAAGCUGCGCCGCCGCACCGUCGCCGGCGUCGUGGCGCUGUGCUGUGCGGCAUUCCAGGCGUACUUGCUCGUGCAGCACGUGCUCGCCUUUCUCUCGCUCUCGCCCGGCGGCGUGCCGCUCUCGGACGCGCCCGCGGCCGCGGCAGCUCCGGAUCCGCUGCUGCGCACGCUGGCGCUGCUCUGCGUCUGCAUCGAUGCGCUGGCGCUGCUGGCCGUUGCCGCGCUGCUCGUGUACCUGCGCUUUUCGCGCAAGCGGGCCUGCAGCACGGUGCUCGUGUGGAUCGCCGUCAUCGUCGGACUCAUCCUCACGCUCGCGCUCUCGAUUGCCAACCUGGCGAUGCUGGUCGUCUUCCACCGCCAGGGCACGUCGGCGCUGCGCGACGUGGCGCAGCGCUGCCUCGGCGACUGGGACAUGGACUUGCUGUGGUCGGCCGCGCCCUUCUCGCCUGACGCCGCCUCGCGCCCGUCGUGCGCGGCCGGCGGCUCGGCCACGCUGCGUGCCUUUCUGCUCGCCGGCGGCGCGCGGCUGCUGGCGCAGGCAGCGCUCUGGGCCGCCGCGCUCGUCUGCCUGCGGCGCUACAAUGCGGCGCUCGACGUGCGCAGCGUCGUCGACCCCAACGCCGAAGAGAGCGCCGAGAUGCACCGCCUGCUGCAGGAGGAGGCCCUGGCGCGCGAAAAGGGCACGCCCGGCGCGUAUCCCGACAUGCGCUGGUCGUACGAGCAGGAGACGCUACGCAACGCACGCUACCUCGAGGAGGAGGAGGACGAGGAUGCUCGCGAGGAGAAGACCUGGCGCGACAGCUAUGCGUCGCACAAGCCGUCGCCGCGUCUGCAGCGCUUUGCGUGGCAGGAGCCGUCGUACGCCGAGCCGCACGCCCAUGCCAGUGCGCCCGCAACGCGCGAGGCAGGGCACGCCCGCGAGCAGAGCGGAUGGGCUGCCGGCCUUAUCGGCAGAGCGUGGGAUGCCCUCUGGGCGCCAGCGCCCGGCACCGAACAGCACGAUGAGACGGACAAGAUGCUGCCAGAGCGCCCACUGCCGCCUGUCGCCGAGCAAAAGACGCUGCCCGAGCGCCCGGCAGCGUGGUACCAGCGCGACGCAUCCGACUCCGCUGCGCCCACGCACCAGCGCACCGCCUCGCAGGAGCGCCGCGCCAGCGCCGCCCGCCACAUGCCUGCCUCGCCAAAGCGCAGCAGCUGCGACUCGGACGAGCGCCGCCGCUCCGGCGACGAGCUGCCGCACAUGCCGACCCUGAUGCACCUGCCGCCGCAGCGCAGCGCGCUCGCGCCGCCGCCGCCGCAGAAGCAGCACGCGCGCGCCUCGAGCAGCGCGCUCGAGGGCGACGACUCGGAGGACGCCGCGUUCUGGGCGCCGCGCCGCGUGGCGAAGCAGGCGGCGCCGGUGUACGUGCGCACGCUCGGGCGCCUCGUGCGUAAGCUCUCGUCGAUCCGCUCGGCGGGCAGCCACGAGGCCGGCGCCUCGACGGGCAGCGCGCCGCUCGGCCGCACGCCGUCGCAGCGGCGCAACGGCAGCUGGGCGCAGCAGGGCAGCUACGGCGGCGCGGGCAGCUGGGGUGGCGACAUUCGCGAGGAGGAGGAGCGCUGGGAGGCCGCCGAGGGCGAGCGGCGCGAACGGCGGGACAGCUUCCCGGGCGCCUGGGCGUGAGGCGUGCGAGUCGCAUUUGUGGACAAGCACGUCGUCCGCAUCGCCCGCAGUUCCUACCGCCCGCGUCUCCUGCCUUUUUUGCUUGCGUUUCAUACUCGUGUCCUUCGCUGCGGCUCUCAUCCACGCACGACCUGCUUCUGCUUACACACAUAUAGACCCGUCGCUGCAAUCGACUCCUUCCGCUGCUC